GUGAUUAACACUGUUUUUAGUGCUUAAUUAGUUCCCUCCCUGAUUACAAAAGUCCGUUAGUGAUUACGGCAUGAAGAGACAACGGGAAAGAGGAAGAAGCAUAUCUCUCUCUCUGUCUUGUUCUAUGAACGAGACCACUUGCUUUAACAGGCGGUGCUAAUUAUUUUCCAGAAAAUAAAAAACCCCAAAAAUCUGUACGACAAACAAUUUAUUAAUCAACUCUUUUUUUUUCUUUCUAUAAGGUUAAUGGCCAGAUUCUUUCUUCUCUCACACCCAUUAAAAUAUUUCAUCAACUUGUCGGUAAAAUUAAUUCUUGGCUUAUUCUAUCUUUCUUUCUCUGUCUUCUUCUUUCAAUUUUUCAAUAACAAUAAUACAGAUGUGUAUACAUUAGAUACACGUAUACUAGUACUAAACUUCACUGUGUGAUCUGAUCUAGAGUUUUUAUACUAUCAGAAUAAAUAAUAGUCGACAAUUUGGGAUUUGUUUAUGGUUUACUUCACAUGAAUCACAUACGUUCAUGUCGAUUCCUUUGAGAUACUGUCUCGAUUUCGUUUUUUUCUCUUGUUUAAUUUAAAAUUAUUGUAAAGCACGUGGAUUUGCUUGUCUUGGUUUUGUUUUCUCCUUCGACCUCUUUGAUGAAAUCGAGGAACCUACAAUUUCUUCGUCGAUCCAAAUGGUAGCUUAGUGGUGGUGAUAAUAGGUUUCUCCUCUUGAUUGGCUCCAGCUUUAGGUUUUUUUUUUUAUCUUUGUUUCUGCUUCGAUUCCCAAAAUUUACCCUUUCGAUUUUGAGUCUAACUAGUCGAGUUGACUCAGUAGAGUCGAAAGCUUCUGGGUUUACGAAGAGACAUCUCCUAAUUGAAACAAAACCUUUCCUUUCCAUUGGGCUGAGAAAAAAGCAAGAGUCUUUGAAUAUUUUUUGGAGCGUGGUUUUAUUUAGAUGGGAGGUCAAUGCUCUAGCCUGAGUUGUUGCAGGAACACUUCACACAAGACAGCUGUUCUUGAAGCUCCUGAUGUUGAUAAUGGAGAGAGUAGUGAGAUCACUGAUGUUCCUAAUUUCCGGGAGUAUACUUUAGAACAGCUUAAGGCAGCUACUUCUGGUUUUGCCGUGGAGUAUAUUGUAUCUGAACAUGGAGAAAAGGCUCCAAAUGUUGUCUAUAAAGGGAAAUUGGAGAACCAAAAGAAGAUUGCUGUCAAGCGUUUUACUAGAAUGGCCUGGCCUGAUUCACGACAGUUCUUGGAGGAAGCGAGGUCGGUUGGUCAGCUACGGAGUGAGAGAAUGGCCAAUUUACUCGGAUGUUGCUGCGAAGGUGACGAGAGGUUACUUGUAGCAGAGUUUAUGCCUAAUGAAACACUAGCCAAACACCUUUUUCACUGGGAAACUCAACCUAUGAAAUGGACUAUGAGGCUACGAGUUGUUUUAUAUCUAGCACAAGCUCUUGAAUACUGCACCAGCAAAGGCCGUACUCUUUACCACGACCUCAAUGCUUACCGGGUUUUGUUUGAUGAGGAAUGCAAUCCAAGACUAUCUACUUUUGGCUUGAUGAAGAAUAGUCGGGAUGGAAAAAGUUACAGCACUAAUCUUGCUUUCACCCCUCCUGAAUAUCUACGAACUGGGAGAAUUACUCCAGAGAGUGUAAUAUACAGCUUUGGCACUCUUCUGCUUGAUCUUCUCAGCGGAAAACAUAUACCUCCUAGCCAUGCCCUUGAUCUGAUUAGAGACAGAAAUCUCCAGACGCUAACUGAUUCUUGCCUAGAUGGGCAGUUUUCUGAUAGUGAUGGUACAGAGCUAGUACGCCUAGCUUCUCGUUGUCUUCAGUAUGAAGCUCGUGAGCGGCCAAACACCAAAUCUUUAGUGACUGCCUUGACACCUCUUCAGAAGGAGACAGAGGUCCUGUCUCAUGUUCUAAUGGGUCUACCUCACAGUGGUUCAGUCUCUCCUCUGUCCCCUCUUGGUGAGGCUUGUUCAAGAAGGGACCUGACCGCUAUGCUUGAGAUCCUGGAGAAACUUGGAUACAAAGACGACGAGGGUGUCACCAAUGAGCUCUCGUUUCAUAUGUGGACAGACCAGAUGCAAGAGUCUUUGAACUCGAAGAAGAAGGGUGAUGUGGCUUUCAGGCAAAAAGACUUUAGAGAGGCCAUCGAGUGUUACACACAGUUUAUUGAUGGAGGAAUGAUCUCUCCAACAGUGUGUGCUCGGCGUAGUCUGUGUUACCUAAUGAGUGACAUGCCGAAAGAAGCUUUAGAUGAUGCAAUUCAGGCUCAAGUGAUCUCUCCCGUGUGGCAUGUCGCAUCAUAUCUGCAGUCUGCUUCCCUUGGUAUCCUGGGAAUGGAGAAGGAAUCUCAAAUCGCACUGAAAGAGGGCUCGAACCUUGAAGCAAAGAUGAAUGGAGUUCCCCGAGUGAAGUAAGAUAUAUAGCAUUUAAGAUUUUUCUUGUUGGGAAAGAUGAAAGAACAUCUUACCAAGUAAAAGGGGUAUGAAUCUUUUGAGCACAAUGAUGGGAAAACACUCAAGAGCAAUGCAAAACUAUAGACCCUCUUCUUCUGGUUGUAUGAGGUGUUUUGCCCUUCUUGUGCCUCUUUUUAUGGGCAUUGAAUUGAAGGAGUCAUUUCCUUUAUUAGCUUUGAAAUCCAUUUCCUGAAACUUUAUUGUACUAAAAAACCCAUUAUUGCAGAAACCAAAAGAGGGUUUUGUUUCUUUUGAUCUAUAGGUCACACAGACUAAACAUGUAUGAACUCUUGUCUUUUGACUAAAGAGAUAUUCGACAGUGAAAGGGGUUUUUGUGGUUAAAUUCCAAUAGUUGAG